AUGGCACAAGAAAGUUUAUCUAAAGAUGCCGGAAAACAAACCGAAACACUUGCACAACUGCGAUGCGUAGCGGGAAAGAAUGACAACAUACACAAGCAGUUGAUAUUGAUCGCAACGAUUAAUAUUUUUCUUUGCUCUAUGGCAUUUCUUGGAAAUACCCUCAUCCUGGUCGCCUUGCGGAAGGAAUCUUCUCUUCAUCCGCCAUCCAAACUCCUGUAUCGUUGUCUCGCAACAACUGAUCUCUGUAUCGCUUUGAUUUCAGAGCCUUCUUCUGUUACUUAUUGGCUGUCUUUUGUUAGCAGAGAUUGGAAGCUCUGCAAGUUUGGGCUGAGCGCUUACUUUAUAGCAAGCCAUACCAUUUGCUCAGUGUCUAUUUUAACAAUGACCGCAAUAAGUGUGGACAGACUCCUCGCCUUGGUGCUUGGGCUCAGAUACAGACAGAUUGUAACUUUGAAGCGAACAUAUGUUGUUAUAGCCAUCUUUUGGAUUUUAUCUGUGGCCGCUGGAACAGCCUACUUUGUGGAUUACCGUAUAUCCGUCUCCUAUGGCUAUACUCUCAUCCCACUGUGUUUAAUAACAGCAACUUUCUCAUACACAAAAAUAUUCCACCGUCUCCAUCGCAGCCGUAAUCAAGUACAAAUUCUUAUUUCACAACAGCCGAGCCAACCAGUUUCACUGAACAUGGCACUUUACAGAAACGCAGUGUACAGUGCACUUUGGGUUCAAGUAGCAUUCGUAUGCUGCUCUCUGCCAUAUAGCAUAGUAGCAGUAGUUGUACCUUACGACAGACUAUCCCCAUAUGACUUUAUACUCUUAUCAUGUGCAGAGAGCAUGUUUUAUCUUAAUUCGUCCCUGAACCCGUUACUUUACUGUUGGAAGAUUAAUGAGGUGAGGCGAGCAGUAAAAGAGACACUCAGACAAACAUUUCGGUGUAUUUCCGUUUAG